AUGAAAGAACUCUUGAGCGAUAAGAAGAGCCAGGAGUUAUAUGUCUUGGUUGGUAAAUUAAUUCCUGAAAAGAAGGUAAAAAUAGGAAUGAAUGAAACUAUUAAAGCAAUUCACAAUGGGACUGCUCUAUUGGUAGUUUUAGCUGAUGAUUCAGAUCCGAAAUGUCUUACAGAAGCAUCCUUGACUCUUUGUGAACAGAAGGGAAUAGAAUACGUAUACGUAUCUUCACGUAGUGCAAUGGGGAAAGCGUGUAAAUUGGAAAGGGGUGUGAUAGCCCUGGCUAUAUAUGAUAAUAAGGAUACCGAUUCCAGUACAAUAUUAUCCCAAAUUGCAUUGAUUAAAAGAUAG